CAAAGUCCCAUGUUCAGAAAAUCCCAAUCUGUACAAAAAGGACUUACAGCCACUUCUCUGUGCCUCUGACUCGAAGAUGGAUGAAGAGAAGGAUCAAGAUAACUUUCGGACUUACACAGGAAGAAGUACCCUUCAGAGGCCUUUAUACCUCAUCUACAUCCUGCUGGCAGUCUCCUACUUGCUCAUUGUCAUUGGCUUUGCGGUGACCCUCUCCAAAGCCACAACACUGUCAUCACAACUGAGCGAAACAUACAACAAGAUAAAAAAUAACCCCUCUGGCCAUGAUCUCCAUUUGUUCCCAUGUGGCUCUGACACCAGACAGUGGGAAUACUUCAACGGGAAGUGUUAUUACUUCUCCUUACAAGCAGUUCCCUGGCAGCAGGCCAAGACAAAAUGUGAAGAGCAGCAUGCAAAACUGGCCGUCAUUGAUGGUUUUCCCAAGCAGAAUUUCAUACAGACCCGAACCAGGAAUGAGCGUUUUUGGAUCGGACUCCACGAUUUGCACACAGAAGGAGAAUGGAAAUGGCUGGAUGGCAGUGACUACAGAACUGGUUUCAAGUACUGGAAGCAGGGUGAACCCAACGAUUACCAGCGUCGGGACGAGGACUGUGGCCAAGUCUGGAUCAAUGGGGAAUGGAACGAUUACACCUGCAACUCUAAUUCAUUUUAUGUCUGCGAGAGGCCCAUGCCAAGCACCCCGCUGACAUCCAAAGGGAAGUGAGCUCCUGCCGCUGCCUACCCCGAAGGAAGGAAGAGGAGGGGAGGGUGGAACGGUCCAAUGGGAAAAGAAAUUUUAUUUCACUUAGUCGUUUCCGGUGAGCAGUCAUCUUGCUGUGCAGGAGAAGAGCAAGAUUUGAGUCAAUAGUACCUUAAAGACCGAUUAGAUUUCGACUGCUGUCUCAAGGCCAAGCUACAAGUGACGAAUGACACCUGAACGGCAAGUGAACAGGCUCACAUGGCAUU